AACCAUCAAGUCAAGCUACAGGAAACGGUUCAUCGAGUCCGCGCUCUCGUUCGUCAACGCAUCACCCUCCAGUCCCACCGCUCAAAAUGUCUGACGCCCCCGCCGCCCCUGUCACCGAAAACGGCGUGCCUCCGGCUACCCAGGACAAAGUCCAGGAAGAGGUUCCUGGCUUCAAGGUCUUUGCGGGUAAUCUGUCCUAUUCCACCACGGAUGAAGGGCUGAGGACAUUCUUCGCGCCGGUUGAGAGCGAGAUCAUCACGGCCCAUGUCAUCCUUCGGGGGACGCGUUCGAAGGGGUACGGGUUCGUCUCGCUCAGCACCGCCGAAGCCGCGCAGAAGGCUGUCGAGCUUCUCAACCAGAAAGAGCUUGAUGGCCGCGCUGUGAUCGUCGAGGUGGCCAAACCGGCCGGUGAGAAAGAUCAGGAAAAGAAAGAGAAGAAGAGGCGUGUGGGCAGGCGCGGAUCCAAGGCUCCCCGUGGCGAGGUCACGGACGCCGAGGCCAACGGCGAGACCACCGAAAAAGCUGAAGGCUCUCCCGGCGAGACUACUGACGCGGCCAAGCCUAAGAAAAAGAAGAAGGUCAACCGCAAGAAGCGCGCUGCCAAGAAGGCCGCUGCUGCUGCCGAUGGCGAGGCUACCUCUGGCGCGGAGGGCGCUGCUCCCGCGGAGGGUGAGGCCGUCAAGAAGCAGCCGAAGCCCAAAAAGGUUAGGACCCCUCGCCCCCGUCGUGCCCCUGGCGAGGAGCCCACCGGCGAGCCCUCGAAGAACAUGCUCUUCGUCGCCAACCUCGGAUUCAACGUCGGCGACGAUGAACUCGCCAACCUGUUCAAGGAGGCGGGCAUCAACGUCCUCUCCGCUCGCAUCAUCCGCAAGCGGCGAAAGAGCCAGGGCUACGGCUUCGUCGACGUUGGCAACGAGGACGAGCAGAAGAAGGCGAUCGAGGCUCUCAAUGGCAAGGAGGUGGGCGGCAGGGCGAUCGCCGUCAAGGUCGCGGUCAACUCCCCCCCUCCGCAAGAAACGGAAGGCGAACAGUCAGAGAACGCUCCCACGGCCGAUGCACCUGCUGUUGAGGCUGCUACCGCCGGGGAUGCUACUCCCGAGGCGACCGUCAUUGCCUCUUAAAUGAUCAAGAAAUCCAGUUCAUAGCACCCAAAUGACCCCGCUCUGCUCAUAUCUCUGACUUAAUGGUCCCCUAUUGCUGCGCUUCCUGUUUAUUCUUCCUAGCGUCUUGUGGACUUUACUGUCUCACACCGUUACGCUACUUUACGUCCCUUCCGUGACCGCUCUCGCCAAUUAGUGAGCGGACUGGUGCCGUUUUCUUAGUUGGCAACUUGUUGUGUAUCGCUUGCUCCCUAAUGAAGCGAUUUCGUUUUUUUCUUUUUCCGUUCACGUACGUUACGAGAAUUCAUGAAUGACCAGGUUUAAUGGAUAGUGUGGCUGUGGCAGCCAG